AUGGCACACCAAGAGCAAAAAUUGCUAAAGAAGAAAUCCAAGUAUGCACAUGAAGAUAACUAUGCUGGACUGGCGGAAACCUGCCAAAGGUUGGGAGAACUCUAUCAGGAACGCGAAGAACACCAGCGCGCGCUGAACGAGUUCAAACUGGCGGCCAAAGCGUAUGAUAAACUGGAUCGUCGUAUGGACCGCGGGUUGGCGUAUCGUAUGGUCGGCGAGAUGUACCUCAUGAUGGGCCAGUUCAAGGAGGCUCUGCAGAACGUACAGGCGUACAUGCGGGAAGCCCAGCGUGAGGGAAACCGAAAGGAACUACAGCGUGCCCUUGUCACCAUUGGACGAGUCCACCUACACCGAGCGGAAUGUCAACCCAAGUCCAGCGCCGGGUCGGAUCUCAAGGAUGCGGAGCGAGCGUUUCGUAAGAGCCUUACACUGUGCAAAGAUCUUACUGGAAGUAUCAGCAAGCACAAUCUGAUGGAAAUGGAGGCCGGAAUAUACCUAAACCUAGGAAUUACGCUCGAUCGCCAAAACAAAGUGGACGAUGCGCAAGAACACAUGGAACGGGCCAUAAAAUUGGCUCGCGAGGCCGAUCUGUUCGAGUUGCUGCACACGUGCUACAACACUAUGGCACUGUCUGCUUCGCGUUGGGAACACGAGGACAGAGUACUGUACCACGGUAAAACGCUACGGUUGCUCAAUCACGCCCUCGAGGUGGCAUCGAGGCUGCACAAUCGCGCCUCGAAAAUGUGCCAAACGCUCCUGCUGAAGUCGAACUUUUUUCUCCGGAUGGGUGACUUUCAGAGCGCUCGGCAAACGCUAAAAAAGGCUUACCGUCUCAAGACGCCUGUCGCUGCUGAUGCUCUACAGGUUGAAAAACUUUUAAAGCUGUUGGUUGCGUUGUGUCGGACAGAGGAUGAGCUCGUCAUGACUGAGUCGGCCAAUUACGGACGUCGAAAAGCGCUCUACGAGCGAAUGGGUGACGGUUCGUGCCAGUUGCGAUUGUACACGAAAGCCAUCGACUACUACCGUCGGAUGCUGGAGUGCGCCGAAGAGGCAGGCGACGUUGGCGUGCAGCUGAUACCCUGCUACGUGAGCCUUUACCAAACCUUCAUCGACAACCGCCAAUAUGAGGAAGCUCUCGAGUUCCUUUGGAAGGAGUACGACGUAAUUGCAGACGAGCCAAAGGAAGCAUAUCAAACACUGAUGCAAAUUGCAAAGAUUUACGAGCGUCAGAAGACGCGACCUUUCUUCGACGCGGACGGUAUUUAUCGUCGAGCACGCUCUGAAGCACAAAAGCUUGGUUCACGGGAACUAGAGCGGACUGCAUUGCAGCGCGCGAUUAAGUUGCUUCGCAACAACAGUGCAGACAUUUUGGCGGAACAGCUGGAACAGGAGGCAAUCGUAGCGGGCAUUGAACUGACAUCCGUCGCAUUGCCUGAUAGUGAAGAAUUUCCGGACACCGAAGAUUUACCGCCAAUUGCCGCUGAGAUGGGGGACGACGGAAAUGAAGAGGAAGAUGCACAUGAUACUCCCAACAUUGGAGAUGAUAUCCAACUAGAUGUCGAUCUGUCCGACGAUUCUGACAGUGAACAACGAUGGAACAACAAUGCAACAGCUAGCGUUGGUUCAAAGAGCACAUCCGAACGCCCGGGGGCCACUCCCGGAUCGCGAACACGCAAACGCGGCACAGCUUUUGCAGUACGGCGCAACAACAAGGGUGAAACGCAGCUGCACUCAGCAGCCAUUUCUGGCAAUCGGCUACUGGCGGAGCGACUGAUUGCCCAGGGGCAUCCGGUAAACGUGCGUGAUCACGCUGGUUGGCUUCCGCUGCAUGAAGCUUGUAUUCACGGACACGCGGAGAUCGUAGCUCUACUACUCGACCACGGGUCUCAUUUGAAUGACAAAGGCGGAACCAGUUGCGAUGGCAUUACGCCAUUAUACGAUGCGUGCUCAAACGGACGAUUGGACGUUAUUGAACUGCUGAUUGAGCGAGGAGCCAACGCAACGCAACGUACCGAUUUCGGCGACACGGCGCUGCAAGUACUCAACAAAUGGUAUACUGAGCAAAGCCCGGGUAGUAUAUCAUCCGAAGAAUGUGCGCAGUAUAAACGCAUUCAUGAUGUAUUAGUUGCGAAAUUCGAUGCAGCUGCCAUUCAAACGUCGCCUCUGGCGGAAGCAAAACUCCCCAAAACACAUACACAAAGAGCCAAAGAAAAAGUUCCCUCAACGCCGGUGCGUGAAACACCGCCUUCGGCUUUGAGCUCCUCUGCCGUUUCACUGACCUCACUCCCACGAUCGCGGUUACCACAAACUGUAAGUUCACCAAGGAAUGAAAGUGCCCCUGCCAUAAAGCAUCGUAACGUCCUGCGAAAUGAUGACGUUGAUUGGAUAACCUCAGCUCUCACGGAAUGGAGUGACGACGACUCCGACGGGCGUGAAUCUGGUUCAAGUUCUCCGGCCGGCUUAAAAGAGUACUGUCACGCAAUGAACACGUUGCGAAAUGCGAAUGCACGUGAACCCGCCACUGAGCCUAUUGAAAAGGUGCGGCUAUCGAAUUCACCAAUUAAAAAACGUCCAGCUCACAUGGCAAUGGACGAGGUAGAUGCUGAUGAUUGGCUUAUCGACGAUAUGCAACAAUCGGCAAAACGAAGUCGCGUCAGUCACAAACAGCUGGACAUCUCGAUAAUCGAAGGACAGCAACUGAGACGAUCCUCUUCCUUCGGCAGUCCUCCUCCGGAGCGAGUUCCGAGCGUUGAUGAUGACUCUAUAACGGUACAAAAUCACGUCGAAGCAUUGUAUGAUUCCGAUACUUCAGAGGAGUAUAACUAUGAAGAGUUGACAAGGCAAACUUCACUAACUCCUAGUCCGGACGCAAUCGACUGUAACGCAUUCGACGUGCUGAUUGCUAACUCAUCGAAAAGCUUUCGCCGAAAACGCCGACGACGAAAUUCAUCUGAACACAAUUCCAGGCGAGUUUCUGGAGAUCAGCUAUCUCUGCUUGAAACAGGCUUCCAGCGCACGCUGCUCACGUGUGUGGAGGAGAAAGAAAACGUAGAGCCGUCCUCGCUUUCGCCCCAAGAUCGUCCAUUGAGUCCGAUGCCGUGCCCCGAGAUCGCAGUCGAAAACGACGUCGAGAUGCCUGUAGUGGAACCCGAGCCGCCGUGGCCAUCAUUAGAAUUCACACUGGACAACGGAGUGUCCAUAACUUUAUCCCUAACAGAUGUGCCAGAAGAGAAGCUCACGAUCGGUUGGUUGCACAAGAAGCUAGUUGGUUCCUACAUGAUGUUACAAGGAAAACAGCCUAUCAUAAAGAUAAUCUCUGUGGCCGACAACCCCGUAGAAGAUUCCUUCGCCGAUAGCGAUCCGCUGAGUGCAUUGAUUCCGCGCAGUUCCGCAGAGAGUCUGGCGCUCAAUGCUCAGAUAAUCGGAUGGAAACAAAUAAAUCUGGAAAUGUUUUACAUCGAUUAUUGUCACGUGCAUAGUUUGGGUGAGCAAAGCCAUUCGAAAAUAUGGAUGCUUAGUGCUGAUCAUGCGACUACUUACAAUUAUCUAGCAAUCGAUGAAGACUUCCUCGAGCAGCUGAAGGUGAUGGAUGGUGCGACGGAAAUUACUCUGCAACGAUUCGCCGUUCAGAAGAAACCACACUCAGCGACCAUCCUAUUUGCAUCGAUUUUCUUCCAACAAGACCGCUUGAAGGAGUUGGAUUUGACGAUGAACGGAAUCACAGACGACCAAAUGGAAGACUUUGUACGCUACCUACCAUCCUGUAAGCAGCUGCGCGUUCUCCGACUAGUCAACAACUGUCUGACCGGCCGCUCAGUCGAACUGCUUUGCCUACGAAAUCACCAAGAUGAUCUUGCGCCUCGGACCACUACGACGGACACGCAUGUGACGCCUCGAGCAGUAGCGCUAGGGGACGGUUUACUGACGGAACUGGACCUCAGUAGCAAUUCACUACGAAGCGAGGGUCUAGUACCACUCGGCGUUCUGUGUAGUAUGUUGCCCAAUUUGAAAAUUCUGCGCCUUCGUUCGAAUCUAAUUUACGACUUCGUUCCCUCCGAGCACCCCCUAAUCGACGUUCGUCGCUUCACAACGUUCGACAUUUCAAGAAACGCGCUCAACGAUCGCUCGGUAGAAUGUUUGCUGCAGCUAUUGGUGGACGGCCACUUACAGGAAGCUCACGUGAACCAUCUGCCAAUGAUAUGUCCGGACUUCAAGCCAAAGCUUUGGCAAACGAUCUGCACACAUCAGCUCGAUAGCUUGCGACUGCUGAACUUAUCCAGUUGUUUAUUGUCGGACGAUGAACUAGAGUCAACGAUACUGCCAACAAUCGAGAAGGGCUGCAAGCGACUGGCGCAUCUGGACCUGUCGAUGAACGUUUGGCUAACGCAACAGUCCUUCCUAGCUCUGUUGCGUCACUGUUCGAGGACAUCGAAUAUGUUGGAGGUGGUACGAUUCGAGUUCAACGUAAAUUUACUGUCCGAGUUGGAAACCGCAGUCAGCUCAGUCGAUCAACUUUUGCAACGCAUCGACUUCAGCCCGGCUGCACACUACCCAAACGAACUCGUUGUCAUGCUGCCGAUCCGGGGGUAUACAGAUGAGCGACGCGAGCUACUCCUUGCAUUUUUGGGCGAUUUCUGGCAGCGGCUUUGGCCAACGAGACAGUUGCGCAUAAACAGCUUCGAAACAGACGAGUAUUUGUUUGCUCUCACUACUACUGAGCGUAGUGUACCGAAAACUUCAGUGCAGCCAAAUUUUAUGAAAAUCUGA